UGAAUCCAAUGUAUUCAAUUAAUUAAUAAUGAAAAUAUAAUCGAUUUGAUUAAAUUAUUAUCAAUUUUUUUGUUGUUAUUCUUAAGAUUUUAAAAAUAAUUAAUGAUUGAUUAUGAGUAGACGAACAAAUCGUUCACAUCGUUCAUCUUUAUCACCUUAUUCAUCACCAUUUUCAUCAUCAUUUUCGUCAUCAUCAUCAUUAUCAUCAGGUUUUAAUAAUGGAAAUAAUUGGCUUAAAUUUUCCAAUACAUCGGUUACAUGGGCACGUUCAAGACAACAACGAUCAGAUUCACAGAUGGCACAGAAUUCUGCUGGAAAUAUUGAUACAAUUCGACGAAGAAAAAUUUUCAAUUCAUCCACUGAAUUUAUUCAUGUUGUUAGUCUUAUCAUAAUGAGUCUUUGUCGUCAGAUAAUAAAUCGUUCAUUGUUACAAAGACGAAUAAUAAUUUAUCUAUUUCUUAUAUUUAUCGGUGGCUUACUAAAAGAUUUUGCAUCAUUAAUAAUUCGUGCAUUUAUAAUUUCUUUAUCUCCUGAACAUUUUUUAAAUCAAUAUUUUGUUAAAUUAGCAUGGUUUUGGAAUAUGAUUCUAUUAGUACCAUUGAUCAUGUUAUCAAGUUCAACAUUAUGUUUACUUGAUUCAAUACAAUUGACUGAAGUGGAUAAAUCUAUUGAAGAUUAUCAUCAACGUAAAAUCAAUUCAACAACAAUAAACAAUAAAUCGAUUAUAAAUUCAUCAUUACAAACAAAUGAAACUGGUUCAAACAAACAGACACCAAACAUUAUAACAUUACAAUCAUUAUGUCAGAAUCAAAAUCGAUCACAAUUGUUAAUUGAACAAUAUAAACAAGCAAUACUUGAACAGGCUGAUCAAUGUCGACAAUGUCAACGUUAUUCAUUACGUUGGUUUGGUUAUACGGCAAAGAAAAUUAUUCAAAUUGCUUGGGUAAAAGAUUUGAUUCGUAUCAUAAUUUGUAGUGCUUUCUAUUUAGCAUCGAUUUCAUUAUUUACUAUGAUACAAUUUUCAACCACUCGAAAUCGAUCAUUAUCAAAUGAAUUGGCAACCGUAUCACAGGUGAAUGUUAUAUCAAAUGGUUUUGAUAUAUCUGGCCAUAUAUUUAUAUUGAUUUUUUCAAAUCUAAUGAUCAUUGAAGAAUGUACAAUAAUGACUGGUUGGGAACCACUUGGUGAUCGUCUCUAUGCAUUAAGUGUUGAAUUUAUGAAUAUAGUGAUUGGAUCACAACAAACAAUAUUGAUAGCAAAUAAUAUUGAAAUGAAUCGAAAAUUAUUUCUGUCGUGGUCACGUUAUCGUUCACAUAGUCAAAAAUUACGUCUUUUAUUUUUAUCCAUUACAUUAUUAUCAAUUAUAUGGGAUUUUAUGAUAAUUCAGACAAUAUUUUUCUAUCAUAGUCUUAUUGAGAAAUUAAUUGCUAUGUUAUGGGCAUUUAUUAGUUGGUAUGUUUGUUAUCAAUUUUUAUUUCCAUUAUUAAACAUUAAAGUAAGACGUGUUUCGAUCGCUAUUGGUCAGAAUUCAAAUUCGACAACUACUUCAACAUAA